ACCUUUUUCCUUCACUUGCGGUUCCUCUCUCUCUCUCUCUCUCUAUACACCACACUGAGAAUUUCAGCAGAAAAACCAGAGACUAGAGAGAGAACAAAUCAGCCAUGGCUUCCUCUACCAACGUCCGUGUGAACUUUGUCUAUGUUGCAAAGCUAGCCGAGCAAGCGGAGCGCUAUGAUGAAAUGGUGGAAGCAAUGAAGAAACUAGCAAAGAUGGAUGUUGAAUUGAGUGUGGAAGAGAGAAACUUGUUCUCUGUUGGGUACAAGAAUGUGGUGGGAUCCAGAAGAGCUUCAUGGAGGAUCCUAUCAUCAAUAGAACAGAAAGAGGAAUCAAAAGGGAAUGAGUUGAAUGCGAAGCGUAUUAAGGAUUACAAGCACAAGGUGGAGUUGGAGCUUUCCAACAUUUGCAAUGACAUUAUGAUUCUUUUAGAUGAACAUCUUAUUCCAUCCACUAAUGUUGCUGAAUCCACAGUGUUUUAUUAUAAGAUGAAAGGAGAUUAUUAUCGAUACUUAGCUGAAUUCAAAGAUGGUAAUGAAAAGAAAGAGGUAGCAGAUCAGUCACUUAAAGCGUAUCAGACAGCUUCUACCACUGCUGAGAGUGAAUUACAACCUACGCAUCCUAUUCGAUUGGGUCUGGCUCUAAACUUCUCGGUGUUUUAUUAUGAGAUAAUGAAUUCACCUGAAAGGGCCUGCCACCUUGCAAAGCAAGCCUUUGAUGAUGCUGUCUCAGAGCUGGAUACCCUAAACGAAGAUUCUUACAAGGACAGUACCUUGAUCAUGCAGCUGUUGAGAGACAACCUUACUUUAUGGACUUCUGAUAUCCCUGAAGAUGGUGAGGACCAAAAAAUGGAAAGCACAGGUAGGAGUGGUCAAGAUGAAGAUGAAUUGGGUCGCUAAGUUGUCUGUCAUAACUAUAAGAUUGAUGUGUUAAUUUUUCUCAGAAUAUUUUCUCCAAUGUAAUGAAUAUUUGAAUCAUGUACUUCAUUUGUAUGCUAUUGUUGUUUGUGUAACAAUAACACUAUUGGUUUGUAAUACAUGAUGAUUCCUCUGUUUGCUUUCUGUUAUAAUCAAGAUCAGUCAGGGUUUUGUCCA